CACAGGCGGUGAUCUCCCUCUCCCUCCCUUUCUUUCGUCAUGGGUGCUCAGACCAAGGCCUCCAAGGCCAAGCUUGCGGCCAAGAAUGUGCUCAAGGGCAGCGGCAAGCGGAGGGCGAAGGUCCGCACCAGCGUUCACUUCCACAGGCCCAAGACGCUUACCCACGCCCGCAAGCCCAAGUACCCCGCCAAGGCCGUCCCCCGGGCACCGCAGAUGAACAAGCACCGCGUCAUCAAGUUCCCCCUCACGACCGAGAGCGCGAUGAAGAAGAUCGAGGACAACAACACCCUCGUCUUCAUCGUGGACGUCAAGUCGAACAAGCGCCAGAUCAAGGACGCCGUCAAGGCUCUCUACGACAUCGAGUCGCAAAACGUCAACACCCUCAUCCGGCCUGACGGCAAGAAGAAGGCGUACGUCCGUCUCACCCAGGACUUCGAUGCGCUCGAGAUCGCCAACAAGAUCGGCAUCAUCUAAACGUUGCCCUUUCAUUCAUUCCAUUGGAAUCGAACGACCUUCUUUUGGUAGCUUCUCGUAGCGACGAACUAGUCGUUACUUAGGGCAGCGCUCAGCCGGCGCCAACGGGCGUGUACCGGAGAGGUCUUGGGGGAGGGAAGAUGGUGCGGGGUGGCCUGUGAGCUUUGCCGUGUUCCCGGCAAACAAUACGUUGAAAAUAUCACCGUUUUCGCCGUUUAGCUUUGUCUUCUGUUUUUGAUUGGUCCAUGCAAGCAUGACGUGAGUUGGUUGCACCUUCGCGAUGCAGUCCAAGUCUCUCGGCGCUCCGCAUGUAAGAUGUGCAUGAGCCUCGCGCCGCCGUUGGCGUGCCGCUUGUAUGACGCACCGGCGGCGCUAACGCUGAAGAGCCGCCCCACGGACUUCACGGCAUCUCGCUCUAUCUCUGUCCGCUCAGCUUGUUGCGCGAGUGGCGGCAGGAGUGUGAUCUCACCCCCAUCAGUACCGUCCGACCACGCUCAGCCCAACA